AUGAAUUUACCACGGAGAAGGCGGCUACAACGGAACCGAAUCUUUUUCUUGCUUGCCACAGUAUUGGUCCUCUCUCUCUAUCAGCUUCAGUUCAGCCCCUCUGGCCUUCCAGCACCACACACAGCCCCCCAACCCAAGGACUCUGUUAAAGUUACCUCCAGAGACCUCUCCAGCAACAAGACUGCCAUAACAGGCAAUGGCACAGCAGCACCCAAAAUAAGACACUGUGUAUAUGUGGAUCCUGAGCCAGCUGUGCCCAUCACUACAUCAGUGGACACAACACCACAAGAAGAAAAUGUCAGUGCAAGCUACCCAGAUGAAAAGCCAAAAUAUGAAUCCAAAGCAGAAUAUCCCCAGGACCUAUUCAGUGUGGAAGAACGCAGGCAAGGGUGGGUUGUACUUCACAUCUUUGGCAUGAUAUAUGUAUUUGUGGCCUUGGCCAUAGUGUGUGAUGAGUAUUUUGUCCCUGCCUUGGGAGUGAUCACAGAGAAGUUACAGAUCUCUGAAGAUGUGGCUGGAGCCACCUUCAUGGCAGCAGGUGGAUCAGCACCAGAACUCUUCACCUCCCUCAUAGGUGUCUUCAUCUCACACAGCAAUGUGGGCAUCGGUACCAUUGUGGGCUCAGCAGUGUUUAAUAUCCUCUUUGUCAUUGGCACUUGUGCCCUCUUCUCAAGGGAGAUACUCCACCUGACAUGGUGGCCCUUAUUUAGAGACAUUUCGUUCUACAUUGUAGACUUGCUGAUGCUCAUCCUGUUUUUCCUAGACAGUGUCAUUGAUUGGUGGGAAAGCCUCCUUUUACUGACUGCCUACGCCACGUAUGUAUUCACUAUGAAACACAAUGUGUACCUAGAACAAUGGGUGAAGCAGGAGCUGAACAGGACACUAAAUACCGUGCAGGCAGCAUCAGCAGAGCAUAUGCAGAAGAAAAGCAACGGGGCAGUUGCAGAUGAUGGAACAAAGAAACCAGCAGAUGGAAAGAAGCUGCAGCCUACAUCAGCCUUACAGCGAGGCAGCAGCUCAACCUCCCUACACAACUCCCAAAUGCGCAGCACCAUCUUCCAACUCAUGAUCUACACCCUGGACCCCCUGGCAGAAGCAAAAUUUAAAGACAAGGUUGACAUCUUGAGCAACAUAGCCAAGGCUAAGGUAGAUGCUCUGAACAAACAAGGAUCAAAACCAGAAGCAGAAGAGGAAAAGCAGGCACAAUCACCAAACACUCUUCAAGUAACUCCUGCCAGUGACUCUGAACCCAGCAAAGACAAACACAAGGCAGAUGCACCACAAGAUGGACAGCAUUCUUCAGACAGCGAUGACUCAGAAGACAGCAGCUCUGAGACUGAGGAAAGCAGUGAUGACAGCACAGACGAUGAAGAAAAUGACGAGCCGUUAUCUCUUGAAUGGCCAGAAACUAGAAAAAAACAAGCUAUUUACCUUUUCCUCUUUCCCAUUGUCUUCCCUCUCUGGAGCACUUUGCCUGAUGUUAGAAACCCAGACUCAAAAAAACUCUUUGUCAUCACAUUUUUUGGAUCCAUCAUCUGGAUUGCAGCAUUCUCUUACCUCAUGGUGUGGUGGGCUCACCAGGUUGGUGAAACAAUUGGGAUAUCAGAAGAAAUUAUGGGACUAACCAUACUGGCAGCGGGAACAUCAAUCCCUGACCUUAUCACCAGUGUCAUUGUUGCACGCAAAGGUUUAGGCGACAUGGCUGUCUCCAGCUCUGUAGGCAGCAAUAUCUUCGAUAUCACUGUUGGUUUGCCAGUUCCUUGGUUCCUUUAUUCUGUCUUCAAUGGACUCAGUCCAGUUGCAGUUAGUAGUAAUGGUCUGUUUUGUGCAAUUGUUCUUCUCUUUCUAAUGCUCCUGUUUGUAAUCAUCUCAAUUGCUGCAUGUAAAUGGAAAAUGAACAAAAUACUGGGGCUCACUAUGUUUGCUCUUUACUUUGUGUUUUUGAUCAUCAGUGUGAUGUUGGAAGACAGGAUAAUAUCUUGCCCAGUAUCUGUAUGA